AUGAUAUGGGGGGAAGCUACAUCCCUUUCUUUAAGGGUGUCAUUCUUGUCCUUGGGACAUUUGAUCCUCCACUGUGUUGUGGCAGAUGGGAAUUCAACCAGAAGUCCUGAAAAUGAUGGCCUUCUCUGUGGAGAUCCCAGAGAAAACUGCGCAGCUACUACUACACAAUCAAAGCGGAAAGGCCACUUCUCGCGGUGCCCCAAGCAAUAUAAGCAUUACUGCAUCAAAGGGAGAUGUCGCUUCGUGGUGGCCGAGCAGACGCCCUCCUGCGUCUGUGAUGAAGGCUACACUGGGGCACGAUGUGAGAGAGUUGACUUGUUUUACCUGAGAGGAGACAGAGGGCAGAUUUUGGUGAUUUGUUUGAUAGCGAUUAUGGUCAUUUUCAUCAUUUUGGUGGUCAGUAUCUGCACAUGCUGUCAUCCUCUUCGGAAACGUCGUAAAAGAAAGAAGAAAGAGGAAGAAAUGGAAACUCUGGGCAAAGAUAUAACUCCAAUCAAUGAAGAUAUUCAAGAGACUAGUAUUGCUUAA